GUUACGUGGUUACGAAGGGUUUCCUUUAUUCAACCACUAGUCAGACCGCUUACUGAUCAAACGUUCUUUCGAAGUCGGUGAUAUUGUGGCGGAUAUAAUACCAAAAAUGGCAGAUCCAGCCCCGCCAGCGAUCCCAGCCGUCCGGAUCCCAGUUGACAAACCAGUGCGUCUUGUCGGAAUCAGCCACUGCAACAACAGCUACAGUCUGAUCGACCACGCGUCGUCGGCUGACAACUUACACCAUGUUUUCCACAUCUUAAUUCAAAACAUCGCUAGUUGUGUUGAUGAUCCACUUUACUACAGAACUGAUGAACUUUUAAGCGAAUUUAAAGGUAUCGGUACAGAUAUUAAAGAACUUGCUAGAGAUCGAGGCUACGAGGAAACCACAGAUAACUACCACGCUCACCAUUUCAAAGCUGAUCACGAAGCAGAAAACAAAUAUCUCAUCGCACACUUGUCAGAAGUUGCACAUUAUCUUGUGGAUUAUAAAAAUGAGUGUUGUGUUGAAAGCAGAGGACAGAAGGCUUUGGACAAAUCAUUUCUUGAAUCAGUUUGCCAGAAACAUAUCGAACAUAUCAGAAACUACAGAAGACAACUAGCUCCAUUUGUGAUAGAUGCCAUGCGUCGUACAGCUCGGAUCCACAACUUAUCUGGUCCUCUAGUGUUUGGUCAAGAGUGGGGAGACAGUGUCGGCCCAUUAGAUGAUCCAAAUUAUAGACGACCCGUGCCUAAUGAAUGUACAGUAACACGUCGUGAGACGAUAGGACCACGUACAGAUCCACCAACCGUUAAUGGGCAUAGAUCUGGUGUAUGGACAGUUCCUAGUAUUAAUAGUAUUCCAGACUGUUCUGGGAAACCUGGAUCAGCUACGUCAGGAUCUACUGGAACACUGACGUACGAUGGUCGUUAUGGUGGACGGCAUCUCCAUGAACGUGACCUCACUGAUCGCAGGAGACCUCUAGAGUUGGAAGUCAGACAUGUUUCAAGUCGUUAUAAACACAUCUAUGGACUCUGUGAAUAAAGAGAAAAAGAACUUUUAAAAUUGAACUUGCCUGUAACAUUGACUUAAAAUUCAGUUACAAAACGUUCAACUUUUAUCAAUUUGUGUUUACUCUUAUAGUUUGUUUUCUUUUUAAUAUGCAAUGUUUUGUUUGAAACAAAAUAUUAGUUUCUGCUCUGAGAAAGUCAAAUCAGUGAUAUACUUGUAAAUAGAUAAAAAGUUUAAAUUUGUAAAUUGUGUUCCAAAUUUCUUUCAUUUUAUGCAAAUUAUGUCAUUAGAGAAGAUAUGAUUGGAUGAAAAUAAUCAUGUGAUGUGGUUUAUCAGAUGUUUUCUUGUGCAUUCUGGGAAAUAUAUGCAAAUUAUUUCAAUAGUUUCUACAGCAGUCAGAAGACACAAGAGUUCAACUUUGUUUCAUUUUUGUGUGGAUCCAGUAAUAUAGUCCACUGAAUUUAUUGUGAAGAUUAAAACUGCUCAAGCCAAUAAAAUUAAGAAAAAA